UUUCUUUCUUUCUUUCUUUCUUUCUUUCUUUCUUGUGGAUUUAUUUUCCUUUUGUUAAAUGUCUUCCUGUAAAGGAGUGUCAUUAGUCGUUAUUAUCCAGAAUAGAAUGAGAGAAGGAACUGGACAACUACAAGCUUUGAGGUAUCCGUCAAACACGACGUGACGUCGCGCAGCGUCGGCUGCGCUUCCUGGUGCUCAGCAGAGGAGAAGUGAAACACUGCGAGCUGAACUUCUCAAGAAUACAGAGAGGAGGGGAAACAUGCUCUAAAAUGUGUCUCAGGUAACCAGAAAGAGAAAGGUGCCCCUGUUGCUUGGACGGUAAUUAAAGCGGCGAGUCGCGUCGCGAUGCUGUAGCCAUGGACAGCAGAAUCCGUGAGAAUCCAGAAAGGACGUUUGAUUUGGUGCUGCAGGUUGCAUGUCCAUCCUCUGAAAAUGAAGAUCCGACAGUGCUGUGGAAGUUCCCCCAGGACUUUGGAGACCAGGAGGUCCUGCAGACGGUGCCCAAGUUCUGUUUUCCGUUUGAUGUAGAAAGAGUGUCCCAGAAUCAAGUGGGCCAGAACUUCACAUUCGUGCUGACUGAUAUCGAGAGCAAGCAAAGGUUCGGAUUCUGCCGUCUCACCUCAGGCUGCAAGGUGUGCAUCUGUCUGCUCAGCUAUCUUCCCUGGUUUGAGAAUUACUACAAGCUGCUAAACACCCUGGCAGACUACUUAUUCAAACACCAGGAAAACGAUCUGAAUGAUUUGUUGGAGAAGCUGUACAGGCUGACCGUGCCAAAGCCAAGCACAGCCGUAACUCUGAGCGUGCACUUGCACUUUGUUGCCCCAGAUAUUACUGGACUUCCUACCAUACCUGAAAACAGGAAUCUAACAGAAUACUUUGUGGCAGUGGAUGUGAAUAACAUGCUGCACCUGUAUGCCAGCAUGCUGCACGAGCGACGCAUCAUCAUUACCUCCAGUAAACUUAGCACUUUAACCGCAUGCGUGCAUGGCUCAGCUUCCAUGCUCUACCCCAUGCACUGGCAACACAUCUACAUCCCUGUUCUUCCCCCACACCUGCUGGACUACUGCUGUGCACCCAUGCCGUAUCUGAUUGGAGUUCAUCUGAGCCUGUUAGAGAGAGUGAAGAGUAGAUCCCUGGAAGACGUGAUCAUUCUGAAUGUGGAUACAAACACACUGGAAAGUCCUGCUGAUGACCUACACAACCUGCCCAGUGAUGUAGUCUCGAGUCUGAAGAGUAAGCUGAAGAAGCAGUCGACUGCCACGGGCAGCGGAGUGGCUCGGGCUUUUCUACGCUCUCAGGCUGCACUGUUUGGCUCUUAUCGAGAUGCUCUGAGAUACAAACCCGGCGAGCCAAUCACCUUCUGUGAAGAGAGCUUUGUGGCACACCGCUCCAGUGCAAUGAAGAGUUUUCUAGAGAUGGCUGUGAACCUCCAACUCUUCAAGCAGUUCAUUGAUGGCAGACUGGCCAAAUUAAAUGAAGGAAGGGGUUUCACAGAUGUCUUUGAAGAAGAGAUCACAGAGGGGGGAUUUUGUGGAAGUAAUACUAGGUCUUAUCAACAGUGGAUGCAUACUGUGAAGAGAGGUGUGAAUAAGGCAAGCCCAGCUGUGAAAUCUGCUUAUAAGAUUGCGAAAGUUCAUGCAAAAAAAGGCUUACGUGGAGUGAAGGACAGAAUGAGACUUAAGGAUACUGAGGAGGAAGGUGGUCUGUACUGUACAGGUUCUCCCACCAGCACUAAAAGCCUCUCACCAAGAAGGCUUCAAAAGAGAAGGUGCCAGCAUCAAAACUCCAAUAAGUAUAUCAGCUUUCCGGACUAUCCCAUUGACAUGGAAGAUGAAUUGGACACAGCUAGCAAAAUCUCCUCCGAGGACAGUGGGGAAGUGCCAUUCUACAUGGAGGACAGUGAUGAUUCGUGCGAAUUCGAGCAUGAGUCAGGUCAGACAGGCCAAAUGAAUUUGCUAGAAGAAAUCCUAGAUUCACUCAGCACCACCACAUUAGAUCAUGGUUCAAAGCUCUCCUCAGCCAAGAGCCUUGACUUUUUUCGUUCCUUGGAUGAGAUUGACUGCUGUACCCUGAAUAUGUCUCUAGCUAAGACUAGUCCAGUUCAAACUGGUGAAGUUGGCAUGGCUGCCAGUGGAGAUCAGAGUGGCUGGAACAUGGGGCAGGAUGACAGCGCCAUCAAUGGCAAGCACCUCCCUCCUUCUCCUCGUCGCCAGUGCAGCACUCGCUCACUGCCAGCUCCUUCUACCAAACCCUGCGAGACCCUUUCAGACAUGAGGAAUUCUCUCAUGGUGCCUCCCUCUCAGCCUUUGGCACUCGAAAUGGGUGAGAAUGCCAGCCCUUCUGUCUAUCUAGAGCUCCCCUUGGACCUGAAGCUGAGCCCAGAGAGUCAGGUGACAGAGGGCUGCAGUGGCCUGAGGAGGAAAGUCCUAUCCAAAGAGACACUGAGGCACUACCAAGAGCGUUCACAGCAAGGGGGAAGCAACAGGCAGCCUUCACUGCUUAUUCCUUGGGAAAUAGAGAACAAAGGCAAUGGAGAAGAAGUUGAGGCCGAGGUUCAGGAAAAAGGCUUGCUGGAGGAAAUUGAGUGUCGUUUCAGUGAGGCUCUGAACUCUAACUUGUAACUCAUGCCAGUCCCCAACAGUACAGUACAGUACAGUACAGUAUAGGCCUGUUCGAAAGCUGAGAAUAUGAGCCUCCCCCUUCUUCCAUUCUUAUAUGUACUCAUUGUGUAUCAGAGCUACGUUUUGUAUAAAUGUCUAAAUAUUAUAUCAGCAGCAGCACAGCAGGUUGCAUUGCUUGUUUCUCACAGCUCCAGGAUCCCUGGUUCAAUGCUGAGCUCUGAUUAAUGUGUAGAGUUUUGCAUGUUCUUCUUGUGUCUAAAUGGGUUUCUUCUGGGUUCUCCAGUUUCAGCCAACCUCCCAAAAAGAUGACAGUUUAAAUAAAUUACUCUUAGGUACGGAUGAGUUACUCAGUGUGUCUGCGUUCACACUGAGCCCAGUGAUGGACUGGCAUCCCAUCCAGGGUAAAUUCCUGCCUUGUACAGGAAAAAGUGCUUACUGAAAGUGAAUGAGGCGAUUCCAGUAAUUUGCACUUCCAAACAGGUACAUUAGUUAAUCACUGUAACUCAAAAUUUUUAGAGAACAAGGUUAUGUUGACAUAAAUAUAUUUUUUACAAAAGUCUAUUUUUGGACAGAACAGUAUGCCUUAAAUGUAUUUCUAAUUUGCUUCUGGUACUAUGCAGUGUUUUUUAAUCAUGAAUCUGAACUCAUGAUGCCUUAGAUGUCUGUUGCUUUAGGUCAUUCUUACUCCUUAUUAUGUGGGUUUUUUUGUGGUGUACAUGUAUAACUCAGAAAUAACAGCACGUUUUGUUACAAUGUAGGUGUGUUUCUUUUACCAAGACUAUUCUCAGGUUAGUGUUUUCUUCAGAUAUAAUGUGACCUUUGCAGCACAGCACAGCAUUAGAGCCUUGUUUUUUCUUUUAGUACACUUGUCUCUAAAGGACAUGUCAGCUGAGCUGUAGGUGAACACAUAGGUAUGGACAACGAAUACAUGAUCCUGGUUGUCUCAUCACUAUAACCAGGUCAGUUGGGUGUGGGGUUGGGUGGGAGGUCCAGCUCUGUGAUAAUGUGGUAGUGAAAAAGCUUUUUGUGUGCUGGCACAUUGUGUUAUCAGUAUAACGUCUUUUCCAUAUGGUCAAGUUGUCAUAACUUUAAGGUAUUUAAAAAGAAAUCCCUGUAUUUGUGUGACAGUCUGCUGUCCAGAGCUUGUUAGAUACUGUUAUUCUGAAUUGUUUAAAUUUUUACCAUCAAAACAAAGUAUUCUACUCUAUUAUGGCCCAGAUCAUGUAAAAAUGGUAUUACUUACUAAACAAUGGGUCUCAUUGUUCAAUCUUUUAGUAAACUUGUGUGUAAAUGUUUGGGUAAACCAAACCAAACUAAAAGUUAUUGAAACACUGUUUUUUCAUAUUUGCUUGUGUAUGUUAAUGAAAGUCAUAAAAUAAUCACCCGUAAAAUAACCAAGCAUGUUCCUGACAUAGUUUGUUUGCAUGUAGUAAAACCUACAAAAAAAAAAUUGAAGUCUUCUGGUCUGGGUAAAGUGUGAAAAAGAGGUGCACAUUAUUUUGACUCACUAACUGUACCAAUAAUAAUAUUUAAUAAGGUGUAAUAUUAAUAAUAAAUAGUGAGAUGUUUAUGGAAAUAUUGAAAAUAUUCAUCUGAAGGAUUUGAUUAAGGAUUGUGGGCUGCCCUGUUUAUAUGGUGCCAUUUAUUUUGUCAUAAUUGACCUUUAAUUUAUGGGUUUUUAUAUUCAUUUAAUUCAUGCCAAUAAUAUUAAACAAAUGGAUGCAGAUCUGCAGAUCUUGACAGAGAAAUUCAGGUUUUUUGUAAGUUGCUAUUAAACUAUUAAACGCUGUCAACAUUAUAAAAUGCACAUUAUUGGUACUGAAAAUUCAAAGUAUUAGUAAUAAUGCAGUGAGGUGGUAGUGCAGUUGUUAAGAUGUUUUUUGAGAGUUCAAAUCCUUGUAAGCUGCUCUGAAUAAGGGGGUCUGCCAAUAAUGAAAGUGUACUACAUUUGUGUGUUUUUUUUUUCCAUUGUAAGACAUUCUGUUAUUUUCUCAGUAUUAUUCUUUCUUUCUUUCUUUCUUUCUUUCUUUCUUUCUUUCUUUCUUUCUUUCUUUCUUUCUUUCUUUCUUUGAGGGGGAAAAGUACAGUUUUUUCAUUAACUCUCAUAUUCUAAUGCUAUAUAAGUGUGCCUUAUUAACUGAAGGAAACUCAAGGAGUUCAGCCCCCACCCAAACCCAAAAUUCGUAUAUACUGUAUUUUAUUAGGAAUGACAGAAGGCACUGUUUACUUCUGAUGUCUCUUCCUAGACGAUGUGCGAUGUAUGAAAUGAUAUGCAAUGGUCUUCAGUCACCAGAUCUCACCUCAGUUAAACCCUGAUUUGAGCACUUAUCAACAACUCUUAUCAUAACCACCAUCAUCAAAAUACCACCUGUGGACAAGGCCUUUGGAAGAAUGGCGUUCCUCUGUCCAAUACAUUUUCAGAAAUGUUUAUUGCACUGCAUACCACUAAGAUGGUGUUGGAAAAGGCAAAAUAUGUGUUUUGUUUAAUAUAUAUUCCCAUUUCUCUGUCUUAACAAUUUGCAUCAUUCAUUUCCCUCUUAUUGUUCUGGUUGUAGCACCACAGAAGUUUUUAUAGAACAUAAUAGUCAAAUGGCAAAAUUGUAAAUGGUUUCCUGGUAUUUAUUUAACACCACUAGACACCAGGUAGAUGGCAAAUAACUUUUCAAAAGAAACUAGCAUCUUUGAUAAAACUGGUAAUAUAAACUUAAAAUUAAAGAGACAUUGUUUUUUUUUUAAAAAUGUUUUCAUCAUGAGUAUAUACAUGCAUCAUGUCUGAAAUAUAAGAUUUUUUAAAUUGCAGUAUUUAUUUCUAGUAAAUAAAACCUGUUUCAGGAAUGUGCUUUAUUAAAUGAAAAUCUAUUGUUUGUGAAUCUUUGCUCUGAGUAUGUAAAGCUUUUACAAGUGAGAUUGUUAAAUGUAUUUUAAAAAUACUGCGUGUUAUAAAAUUGCAUGGCAAAAUAUACACUCAAACCCUAUUCAGACGCUAUCCAUGGGGCCCUAGGGCAAUUGAAAAGUAUGUUACAGGUGCUUUUAUUUUUACAGUGUUUUUUACUGGCCAUGUUCCCAUUUUCUCUGUUCUCCUCUAAGAAAAUUACAGGUUGAAUUAAUUACCUUCUGUUUGUUGCCAAAUUUAGUAAUCAUCUGAUAAUAAUUGUGGAUGCACAUGUCCAUGAUUUUCUAUGCAGGUCUCUAUUUCUGUUUCUAUUUAAAUCAGAUUUCUAUGUUUCCUCAUGCUGUAAAAAAUAUUUGUUAUUUGAAACUUAGUGAUUAUUAACUGUUUUUGAAUUUGUUGUUGGAUUGUUGCUGACUAGUCUUUUUCUAGUCUUCAGCUGGUUUUGUGUUGAGGUUUUGAUGAGCUUGUACUCACUGUGGUCUGAGAUCUUAGCUGAUUAUAGUGUAGCUUAAUGUGGUUUUCUGUUGUUGUAUCUCAUCCGCCUCAAGGUUCAUUGUGCUUUGCAUUCUGUGAUAAUUUUCUGCUCUCUAAAGUUGUAAAGGUGACCUUUCUGAUCUCUCUAAUCAACAUGGUGCUUCUGCUAGAUGUUUUAUAGUUUUUACACCAUUUUGUGUAAACUCAGCAGUUUCUGAAAUACACCAACCAGCUCAUCUGACUUCAACUUUUAUGCCACAGUUAAUCUUUUGUUAUGUUGAAUAUAUUAGUAAUAUGUGUCCAAACAACAUAACUGGUAUGCAAGUAUGCCAUCUCUUUUGCCAAAAAAGGAAAAUAUUACAAAACAUUAUCUGGGUAUAUUAUAUGUGUAUAAUAGAAAACUUAAUUCAUGUUUCAAAACCAUAUAAUUUUUUUGAACAAUAAACAUAUUUUACAUUUAUUCAGUAGUACAACUGAGUGGACUAUUAGUGACAUGAUGCUUUGUCUCCCUUGAUUACUAUCAC